AUGAACAAAAGUGUUCAGCUGUUCAACACCUGCAAGUGUGCAAAUUCCUGUUUCACAGAUCCAAGUGCUCAAAUCGCUAGUUAUACACUUACUGAUCUCUUCCGCAAACACGGCUAUCCUUCCGAGGGACACUACGCCACAACCGAUGACGGUUACAUCCUGCGCCUAGACCGCGUGCCUCGGCCUGGAGCUCCUGCAGUCCUGGUGGGUAGCCCCUUGACCUGUGGCUCGGCGUGCUACGUCGGACUUGAGAAGGACUCUCUAGCUUUUAAACUUCAUGACGCUGGAUACGAUGUUUGGUUGGGAAAUUUUAGAGGAAGUGGUUUAUCUACAAAUCAUACGCACCUUAAAGUUACGGAUAACGAGUUCUGGAACUACAGCUUUCAUGAGCACGGUGCGCUUGACAUCCCUGCUAUGGUAGACUAUAUCCUGCAUACUACACGACUACAAUCUUUGGCAUACGUUGGGCAUUCUAUGGGUUCUACUUCGUUCCUCGUGACGGCAGCCGUGCGGCCGGAGUACGACACUCGCAUCCAUGGAGCCUUUCUCAUGGGUCCAGUCGCCUCCCUUGCGGAUCAUAAACUGUCACCUCUGCUUAGCGUUCUACACGCUUUCGAAAACGUUACUACGAAUGUUGAAGAUUCAUUUGGACCACACAUCCUCCCCGGCUCAGACUUCCUUUUACGUUUCCUUGGUGGUUUGGUGUGCCGCGCGUUCGUGCCUUCAGAUAAGCCCAACUUCAAUUGCCUCCCUUUGAAUGUAGUUGGGUACUUCUUGGGCGGAGCGGGAAAGGUGGUAUAUCCCGCUGACUUUCAACACUACGUUCCUUCGGGUGUGGCUAUCAUGGAAAUAAACCACUAUGCGCAGUUGGCCAACCCCCACUGGCCAGGAUUCCGUCAAUACAACCAUGGUCCAACAAAAAAUCGCCAGCUUUACGGACAGAAUUCGCCACCUGACUACGACCUUACUUCGGGCAAUUUCCCCGUGUUCCUAUACACAGGAAAGAGUGACAUCUUCGUAACCAAGCAGAACUUGGAAUUUCUUCGGAUUUCCUUUAGAAACUUUAGGAAACUCUACACUGUGCCAGACAAGAGUUUUGGACAUUUGGAUUUUGUCCUGAACCCCGAAGCGUCGGCUCUCUACGACGACAUGAUCGACGACCUCAACAGUCUACUUCGUGAACAACAAGAAUCAAAACGGAGUAGAGCAGAUGUUAAUUAGUUUUUACGGUGGUCUCAGAGGUGCAGCAUUUUUAGUUGCUCCUGGCUAGAGGGGGGGGGGGCUUCUG